CGCUUCAGAAGUUUGAAGAGAAAAUGGCCGUAAUCGAGUCACUUCAGCAGUUUCCCAGCACAGUUACAUCACUGAGUGCUUUGCUGCUGCUUCUGGUUUUGUAUUUGCUUUCCUCUGGAUCCAGAUCUCAGAAAGAGAGGAAAGAGCCACCGGGACCCAAACCUCUGCUGCUGCUGGGGAACCUGCUGACCCUUGACCUCAAGAGACCAUUUGACACCUUUGUUGAGUUGUCUAAGACCUACGGAAACAUUUUCCAAGUGUUUUUGGGUCCCAGAAAAACUGUGGUCUUAGUUGGAUACAAAACUGUCAAAGAAGCUCUCGUGAACCAUGCAGAAGAGUUUGGAGACAGAGAUAUUAGACCUGGCUUCAGGAUGAUCAACAAAGAAUAUGGAAUCCUCUUUUCCAAUGGAGAGAACUGGAGAGAGAUGCGACGCUUUGCUCUCAGCAAUCUGCGGGACUUUGGGAUGGGCAAGAGAGGAAGUGAAGAGAAAAUCAUAGAGGAAAUUCAGUAUCUGAAAGGAGAGUUUGAUAAGUUUGAAGGGAAACCCUUCGACACAACACAGCCUGUGAACUACGCUGUGUCAAACAUCAUCUCGUCUAUUGUGUACGGCAGCAGAUUUGAAUACACAGACUCUCGUUUCACAGAAACGGUCGACAGGGCAAACGAAAAUGUUCGGGUUAGCGGAUCGCCUUCUAUGAUGCUUUACAAUAUAUUUCCAUGGGUGGGCCCGUUCCUCAACAGCAGAAGGAUUCUUGUAAGAAAUAUAUUCAAAAAUAAAGCAGAAUUUAUGAAGUUGAUCAAUGGGCUUCUGGAGACUCUGAAUCCACAGGACCGCAGAGGGUUUGUUGACUCUUUUCUCAUCCGCAAACAGAGUGACGAGCAAUCCGGCAAGAAGGAUUCUUACUUUCACCAGGAGAAUCUUCUCAUGACGGUGGGAAAUCUGUUUGUCGCUGGUACUGACACGACAGGAACGACUCUGCGCUGGGGUUUGAUGCUCAUGGCCAAAUACCCUCAUAUACAGGAUCGUGUUUAUGAGGAGACUGUCCGAGUGAUCGGUGGACGUCAGCCAGUGGUGGAAGAUAGAAAGAAUUUACCAUAUACAGAUGCUGUAAUUCAUGAAACUCAAAGACUGGCUAACAUUGUACCCAUGAAUCUCCCCCAUAAGACCAGCUGUGAUGUUCACUUCAAUGGAUACUUUAUCAAGAAGGGUACCACUGUCAUUCCUCUGCUGACGUCUGUUUUGAAGGAUCCAAGCGAAUGGGAAAAACCGAACAGCUUUUACCCAGAACACUUCCUUGAUGAAAAGGGCCAGUUUGUCAAAAGAGAUGCUUUCAUGGCCUUUUCUGCAGGCCGCAGGGUUUGUCUUGGGGAGAGUUUGGCAAGGAUGGAGCUCUUCCUGUUUUUCACUUCCCUCCUGCAGAGCUACCGCUUCACAACUCCACCUGGAGUGUCUGGAGAUGAUCUGGAUCUCAAAGGAGUAGUUGGAAUCACGUUGAAUCCAUCCCCACACAAGCUGUGUGCCAUCAGACGCUCCUGAAACUGGACAAUCAAAACUGAAACAACAUUUUACCUCUUGAACAGAAGGUGCUUAUUUGCUCUGAAUCAUGAAAUUUUAUGGUAAAAAGAUCAUUAAAUUAUGUAAGAUAAGAUUGAUUGAUUACUAUUGAAUGUGUGAUGACGUCUUUUUUUCUGUCAAUACCAUGGCAAUUGCUGCUCUGUUUAACUAAGUGCUACGCUGUCAGACUAUAAGAAUGAACUCUUUUCUGACAAAAUUGUAAUCACGCAAGAGCUGCAUGCAUUUAAAGAAGUAGGACAACUUUGUUUAAAUGGGAAUAAAAAUGGCUCAGGGAAUAAAAACUCGAAAACGAAAAAUUCAGAAACUGUACUGAAUAAUGACACUAUUGUCUAGCUGCUUUACACUUGAAUUGAAUUCUGUUUGCAUCAAUGUUCCUGUUUUUCACUGUGAAGCUACUUUGUGGGUGGUUGACAAAAUGUAGUAAAACCAUUUUUUGAAGAAAAAAAAACACAUUAAUGUAGUGUGAAUGAUGUUUGAGAAAAUAUAAAGGGUCACCAACUUUACACCAACUGUCAAUUCUUUCACUGUUUUUUUUUAUUUUUUACAUUUUUACUGAACUGUACUGUAAGUGUCUCCUAAGGUUUGACAUACAAUAAGAAACUUAAUUUAUGAAUAGCAUGAGAUUUAUCUUCUUUGAUAUACACUUAUUUUCAUAGUGAUUUUUUUUUAUCUAACAUGAAAUUAUGAAUAACAUUUUUCAAAAAAAAAAAUUAUAAAAUUUAGCCACCAGUUGUUUCACAGACAAGGCUUAAGCUAGUCCCAGAAUAAAUGCAUGUUUGCACUGUUUAAACUAAAAGCAACUUGACAUAUCUUGUCAGUGCUAUUCCUUUGUCUCAAUAUUCACACAAGUAAUGUUUUUUCUAAGACACAUUUAUAAAAUCUUAAAUAUCCCAAUUUAACUCUAAAUAUCACUAAGAAAAAAGAAAGUUUCUGCAGUAGAAGCCACUGUAUCUAAUCAUUUUCAUAUAUAAUAAAUUAUUUGCGCCUCAGAGAGUGCAGAUGAAACACAAUAAACGCUGUCAUGUUAUCUUGCAUUUAAAUGCA